UCAAAACAGGCUUGCCGCAAACAGGAUGGCUUUGAUCUGGGAAGCCACCACCUUCACAGUGAAUUGGUGAGAAAGUGGUGGGGUGAAGUGCCACCAUGCAGAUGUGUUCAUGUCGGGGGCUUGGAUCAAGUGACUUGUCGGUUUGAUCCAUAGGGCUUGGAUCAGCGCUCUGAUCCAUAGGGUUUGGAUCACUCUCACUGCAGCGCGGAACGACCCAUACCAGGGUUUCUGGCCACACCCAUUUCACGGUCUCCAGAUUUCAUUCCUGGCGAAGUGAUUUAAAACAUUUUUCUUGGAAGUUGCAAGCUUCAUGACAUGAUAUGGUGAUUAUGGAUGUCCCUCGCCCCCGCUCAUACAUUUCCCUGGCAAAAAUGUGUUCCCGCAGGCGGCUUGCCCCCCUUGCUGCCCUUGCUUUCAUACAUUAUCCGGAAAAUCAGCUUCCACAUUUUCAAAUGACAUCAUGAUGUCCUGAAACUUUUUGACCCCAUAUCUUCAUACAGUCGCCUCGAAAGCACCCCCCUGCGCAUACAUUCAGGUGCUGAGCCACUCCUAAGGCGGCGUUUCCAGAAACAGCGGGGGAACAAAAAACGUAUUUUUUCUAUGUUCAACCACACGACUUUCGAACGUUGUUUUUCGUAUGAAACAUUCCCCCUUUUUGGAGAUGCGCGGGGUCAUUUGGAGCAUUCGAUUUGAGUCUUGCAAGCCUCUGUUUGACAUGAAUUGGAAAAUAGGGUGCUGUUUGACAGAUCUAGAUGCAGAGAGCCGGAGAAAAACCAUUGAACCGCAUUUCUGGGUUGGUGCCCUUCUGCGCUUUGUUUGACAGCCAUCUCGCAGCAAAAAACGCCCCUGGAAAAGUGGGUUCCAGCAGCAAGUUCCCCCCCAAAAUGGGCACCUCCAAAAGGCAGGUCCCACUGAUAGGGCGGACAAAGAGGCCACGACAGAUGCAUCUUGAUGCAAUUAAGAUGAUUUUUGCGAACGAAGUGGGUAUUAUCAGGGGGUCUGUGCGGGAGUGUUGUCGAGUCUCACAUGGUUUGUUGGAAGUUCUUGAGUGAAGCGCGUUGCUCUACAUAUCUCUACAGAAUUAAGCGUUCUUUUUCGGGAUGUUUCCGAGAUGAUGAUGUGCGAUGACCGUACUGUGGUGGCAUCAAUGCGCUCGCAGCCUAACUGGACCCCUUUGCUCCAUUUGCCCAGGCAGAGCAGUGUGUGACGUCGCAGUCGAUCUAUACAGAUGCUGUGACCAGCUAUGCAGCAGCUUUGCAUGUGCCCCUGCAUCCAAAAACUUGCCUGAAGUUGCUUGCCGCGGACCUUGCCAUCCUACAAGGGACCUUGCAAGGUGUUGCGAAGUACCUGCCGUGCAGCCAGAAAGCGUGCAGUUGUUGCGGGCAUCUGCUGCGGGAGAGGUGCUGGGAGUGAAGCGUUUGACCGUUAUGAAUGCCAACACAUCUGGCGCUGCGCCUGCAGCAACUACAGCGCUGCACUUCGCAUCUCUUCAUGGCCAUGUUGAGGUCGUGAGGAAUUUGAUAGAUCGCCGGGCCAACGUGAAUGCCCUGGAUGACCAUGGCUGGGCUCCUCUUCAUUUAGCAGCCGCAGCAGGCCGCGUUGGAGUGAUGAACCUGCUAAUCGAAGCCGGCGCAGUCCCUGAUCAACGAUCACCUGAUGGUACUCCCCAUGAUGUCGCUCUGAGAACAUUGCUGCCCGAACAGGAAAUGCAAGUCGUGGCAGCUCUAGCUGAGCAUGUUCGGGCCUUGCGCAAUGAAAUGAACUUCACGAAGAUCGAAUGACAGAAAAGUGUGGCAAAUGUCGUCAGUUUUGCUUUGACAAAGGG